UGCCCCCACCAGGCCCAUCUGAGAGGGGGCCUUGCUUGGAGCGGGCCACGGGAAACACUCAUGCACGCUCAGGCAGCCAAGCCCCUCUCCUCUAGCACUGAAACUCCCAGUUCCUUCAGCCCCUGCUCCCCAUCCAUGACCCCCUUGCCACACCCUCUAUAGGGCCCCAGAAUGGGCCCUGCUGUUUUCCCAGGGUUCAGCUGUUCCCCUCCAGGGCCCAGUGCAGAGAGCGUGGGCCAGCCGGAGGAGGAGGUGAGCCCAGAGGGGCAGCAGGAGGAGGCGGGCGCGGAGGAGGCGAGCGCCGGGGAGGAGCGGCCCGAGGAGGAGGAGGAGGAGGCGGCCGCGGCGCCGUACCUGGACGAGCUGCCCGAGCCGCUGCUGCUGCGCGUGCUGGCGGAGCUGCCCGCCGCGCAGCUGGUGCAGGCCUGCCGCCUGGUGUGCCUGCGCUGGAAGGAGCUGGUGGACGGCGCCCCUCUCUGGCUACUCAAGUGCCAGCAGGAGGGGCUGGUGCCCGAGGGCGGCGCCGAGGACGAGCGCGACCACUGGCAGCAGUUCUACUUCCUGAGCAAGCGGCGGCGCAACCUGUUGCGCAAUCCGUGUGGAGAAGAGGACCUGGAGGGCUGGUGCGACGUGGAGCACGGUGGGGACGGCUGGAGGGUGGAGGACUUGCCCGGAGACUGUGGGGUGGAAUUCAUCCACGAUGAGAGCGUCAAGAAGUACUUCGCCUCGUCCUUUGAGUGGUGUCGUAAAGCGCAGGUCAUUGACCUGCAGGCUGAGGGCUACUGGGAGGAGCUGCUGGACACCACUCAGCCGGCCAUCGUGGCGAAGGACUGGUACUCGGGCCGCAGCGACGCCGGCUGCCUGUACGAGCUCACCGUGAAGCUGCUGUCGGAGCACGAGGACGUGCUGGCUGAGUUCAGCAGCGGGCAGGUGGCCGUGCCCCCAGACAGCGACGAUGCGGGCUGGAUCCAGAUCUCCCACACCUUCACCGACUAUGGGCCCGGCGUCCGCUUUGUCCGCUUCGAGCACGGGGGUCAGGACUCCGUCUACUGGAAGGGCUGGUUCGGGGCCCGGGUGACCAACAGCAGCGUGUGGGUGGAGCCCUGAGGGACGCCCCCCCUCUCCAACCUCAGCCGCCUCGGAGGGGCAGAGGUCUGGGGUAUGUAGAUCUAGUGGGUAGCCUCCUCCCCUUUCCCACCCCGACCCCCACACAGCCUCUCCUGCCCCACACUCUAAGCCCAGCCCCCACACUGGGAAAGAGGGGUUUUGUUGGCAUCCGUUUGCAUCUGGAAAGUAAGAUGGGUGAGGGUCUGGGCCUGGGCUGGGCCCACCGCUGAACCCCCUGCACCUAGUACCAUGCCUGCCACAAAGUGGGUGCCUAAUAAAUAUUUGUCCAAGGAAGGAAUGAAUGAACAAACGGAUGAAUGAA